GUGCAGCCUCAGGGCACACAGCCCCAGCAGCUAGCACAGCAACCUGUUUCACCGGAUCCAUAGCCUGGAAUGAUGCAGGGACCGGGACAAACACAGUGGGUUCCGAAGACGGCCAUCGCCGCUCCUAAACCUUUUACAGGGGACAAGAGAGGCGAGGACCUCAACACAUGGUUGAGGGCAGUGCCGGUCUACGUCAGGUGCAAACUCACCUUGCCGCACGAAGAAGUGCUUGUGGCUGACUCCUAUCUCGAGGGUAGUGCAGCGAGAUGGUUGAGUGGUCUAGUACAACUUCAGGGAUACAGUCAUGACUUCCGCGCUUGGGCGGCCUCCCAGAAAUUGGAGGACUUCCUGAAAAUGGUGGAAGAAAGGUGGCAUGAUCCUCAGGAGGCUCAAAGGGCCACUGACGCGAUCCUGACACUGCACACGCGGCAGUUUAAGUCAGUAAGGGAAGCCACCGACGUUGUUGAGCAUUUGAUCUGUGUCCCUGGGGUACGCUAUGAUCCUCAGGUCCUGUUGACUUUGUACCUGAGAUGUUUUUCACAGCCUCUCAGGAACCAGUUGGCAAAAGAGGCCAACAUCAAUAUACACAACUUUCCUUCGUUUAGCAAGGUGGCCCUAGACCUGGAAGCAAAGAUAGGGCAUGGACAGACACCCACUACGGAAGGGAGAAAGAAGACACUGCCUCCUAACUGGAAGGCGAAGGGUCGCUUAAUGUUUGUCGACAACGAUGGUUCAACCAUCGAGUUGGACGGCAACCUCCAGGAGGGAGUAGGUUCAGAGGCAGGCAGCUUAGACGCUUCAGAGGGUGGAGUGGUCGCUGCCGUAGCGCAGAAAGGCGAGCCGGUGAAAAUGUCGCCGGAGAUAGAGGGAGUAGUUGCCAAGUACCCUGAUCUAUUUGAAGAGCCAACAGGGGUUGUUGAUAGGGAGGUCGUCCACGCGAUAGAGAUUAUCCCAGGGUCUAGUAUUCCGAAGGGUAGGAUCUAUCGGAUGUCUCCAGGCGAGCUUGAUGAGCUUCGCCGCCAACUCAAGGAACUCGAGGAGAAGGGUUGGAUCCGGCCGAGUGUCUCUCCUUACGGAUCUCCAGUACUAUUCGUACCUAAGAAAAAGGAGGGCACUCUCAGAAUGUGCAUUGACUAUAGGGGCCUCAAUGCCAUCACUGUGAAGAACAGAGAGCCCCUACCGCGCAUCGACGAUCUGUUAGAUGGAGUGCAAGGGUGUCGGUACUUCAGCAAGAUAGAUCUGAAGUCUGGGUACCAUCAGAUUGCAAUUUGGCCCGAGGAUCAACAUAAAACCGCUUUUCAGACUAGGUACGGUCUGUACGAGUUUGUGGUGAUGCCUUUUGGCCUUUGUAAUGCUCCUGGCACCUUUCAGCACGCUAUGAAUCAGAUAUUUCAUGACUACUUGGAUAAGUUUGUCAUCGUGUACCUCGAUGACAUACUUAUUUUUAGUAAGACUGUCGAGGAACAUGUUGCACACUUGGACAAAGUCCUCGGUCUCCUGCGACAACACAAGUUCAAGAUCAACGGUGAGAAGUGUGAGUUUGGCCGCACCCGUGUCUUGUACUUGGGUCAUGAGAUCUCCGCGGAAUGGUUGAAGCCCGAUGAAGCGAAGGUGGCCAGCAUUCGUGAUUGGCCACGUCCUCAGUCUGUGACUGAGAUGAGAUCUUUCUUAGGAAUGAAAGGCUACUAUAGAACUUUCGUGAAGAACUAUAGCAUAGUGGCCGCUCCUUUGACUGAUCUGACCCGCCUUGACACCCCAUGGGAGUGGACAGAAAAGUGUGAGGCUGCUUUCAGACAUCUGAAGCAUGCAUUAACUCACUAUGAAGUCUUAAAACUUCCUGAUCCUGACAAGCCGUUCAUAGUUACCACGGAUGCCAGCCAAUACGGCAUUGGCACCGUGCUCGCGCAGCAGGAGGGGCCAAAGUUGAGGCCAGUUGAGUACAUGUCUAAGAAAAUGUCGUCUCCGAAGUUGGCUAGGUCCACUUAUGAGAAGGAACUCUAUGCAGUGUACAAGGCUCUUACCCAUUGGAGACACUAUCUCCUUGGGAGGUUCUUCAUCCUCAGGACUGAUCAUCAGACCCUGAAAUGGAUGAAAACCCAGUCGGUACUCUCUGACGCUCUCAGUAUCUCAAAGGGGAGUAUAACAAGGUUGCUGACGCCCUAUCGCGCAGACCAGACUUCUCAGGUGCGCUGAUUACUGAGUUCAGUCUUACGGACAAUGUUACUCAAUCUUUGGUGGAAGCCUAUCGCGAGGACCAGUUUAUGUCC